AUGGCGAUGCUAUAUUGGGUAUAGUUAGCUGCCUCAGGAUGGUGUGGGCGUGUCCCUGCCUGCGUUCUCUGGAUUCAUGUCAUUGUGUCUGUGUGUCAAGUUGUUUGGUGUGUGUCUGUGUGUCUGGUUGCGUGAUUCUGUGUCAUCUGUGUGUGUGUGUGUCAGUCUGUGUGUGUGUGUGUGUGUGUGUGUGUGUGUGUGUGUGUGUGUGUGUGUGUGUGUGUGUGUGUGUGUGUGUUUUCUGAUGAGAAGACUGAGAUGUCUUAUGUUACAUGCUCUUUGAAGAGGUUAAGGUUUCAGAUGUUUUUGGAAGAUGGGCAGGGACUCCGCUAUCCUGAUGUUAGGGAGAAGCUUGUUCCGCCAUUGGGGUGCCAGGACACAGAAGAGCUUUGACUGGGCUGAGUGGGAGCUGCCCUCCCGUAGGCGAGGGAGGACCAAGAGACCAGGGGUGGUAGAACGGAGUGCUCGGGUUGGGGUGUAGGGUUUGGCCAUAGCCUGAAGGUAGGGCAUCCAUAGCAGUGGAGGCUGCUGAGGGUAGGACGGCUCAUAAUAAUGGCUGGAAUGGAAACCAUGUGAUUGAGGUAUUUGAUACCGUUCCACUUAUUCCGCUCUAGCCAUUACCACAAGCCCGUCCUCCCCAAUGAAGGUGCCACCAACCGCCUGUGAUCCGUAGCGUUAACAGUAGUUUAGUAUGAGUCCUGGUCAGAAGGAGUACUCUAGCAUCCUGGUCAAAAGUAGUGCACUAUAUAGGUUAUAAUUUGGGAUGCAAACUAUGUUUUUAAUAUUUCUGUUUUUACCAAUGUCAUGCUCUGCUCUCUAUCUACUGUGUUCCUCUUCUUCCAGGACACUGACCUGUUGUCUGAUACACCGGCCAAUCAAAACCAGGGUUACAGUGGCAGUCAUGUCAGGGAUGCACCGUUCAACCAAUCAGAGCUGGGAUUCUACAAAUGUUGGUGUUCCGUUGCACAGAUGAACCAAUCACACGCAGGCGUCGCGCUUCGCAUCCCACAGAACCUACGGAACCCGAAUCCAACGAACCAAUCAGAUACAGGAUUGCUGGUUCCAGAACAAAUCCGGAGGAUGGCGAGGGUUCAUCGCUGUUUCCAAGCAACCAAUCGGAUUGCGGAUUACUAACCUCACCACCUCACUGGAUUACACAUUUGGGGAUUUUAGAGGAACCAGGAUUCCAGCCAAUUGGAGCUUGAGGAGGACUGAGGCGUCGGGCGUGGUGAUUGGCUGCUGAGUCCGAUGGGGGCGUGACCCUUGGUUGUGGCCCGGUCUGACCCUGGCUGGUCUGACCCCUAACCUCUAACCCCUGACCUGUAACCCCUGACCCCUCUGGUCCUGGCUCUCCAGCUGCUGUGCUGCUUGGGUUCUGGUCCCGUCCGCUCCGGGGGAGGGGCCAAAAAGAACAAUCAGCCAAUCACUAUGAAGAAGAGCCGCAGUGUGCAGCGUCUGUCACUGGCCGGAGAGGAGGAGGUAACACACACACAGGGACACACACAGGGACACACACAGGGACACACACACAGGACACACACAGGGACACACACAGGGACACACACAGGGACACACACAGGACACACACAGGCAGGGACACCAGGGACACACACAGGGACACAGACCACACAGGGACACACACAGGGACACACACAGGGACACACACACAGGGACACACACAGGGACACACACAGGGACACACACAGGGACACACACAGGGACACACACAGGGACACACAACAGGGACACACACAGGGACACACACACAGGGACACACACAGGGACACACACAGGGACACACACACAGGGACACACACAGGGACACACACAGGGACACACACAGGGACACACACAGGGACACACACAGGGACCACACAGGGACACACACAGGGACACACACAGGGACACACGGACACAGGGACACACACAGGGACACACACAGGGACACAACACAGGGACACACACAGGGACACACACAGGGACACACACAGGGACACAGGGACACACACAGGGACACAGGGACACACACAGGGACACACAGGGACACACACAGGGACACCACAGGGACACACACAGGGACACACACAGGGACACAGGGACACACACAGGGACACAGGGACACACACAGGGACACACACACAAACAAACAAAGACGUAUGUAGGGUAAACACACAGCAUUGAGAUCUAUUGACUGGGGUGUCCCUGGACUACAGUCUAAGGAGUCUCUCUUCCUAAUGGAUGGUUUCCCUUCCGUCCACUGAUCUCAAGGCUGCAGUCUGUGAUAGUAGAAAGUGUGUUCUGUGUAGCCUCUACAAUAACAACAGUGAAGCAUCUCUUCACAUCUGUAGGUCUGGACAACUAGAGACGUAGCAUGGAACAUGGAACACUGUUGCCUAGCAACUAGCAGCCUGCCUUCCAUUCCCCCAGUGUUCUGUUGCUACGCUGCUGCAGUGCAGAUCACACUCUCUCUGUAGAGGGAUUAUACACAACACAUACACACACACAGAUAUGGGGUGCCAUAGACCAGCAUACAGCCUCUCUAAAUCUCUAUUGAGUGAGCUCACAUAAUAACAUUACCCUCAAUGCUUCCUGUCAUUCACAUAACAUUACAUUAUAUGCUUCCUGUCAUUCACAUAACAUUACAUUCUAUGCUUCCUUGCUUGCUACAGUGAGGGAAAAAAGUAUUUGAUCCCUGCUGAUUUUGUACGUUUGCCCACUGACAAAGGAAUGAUUAGUCUAUAAUUUUAAUGGUAGGUUUAUUUGAACAGUGAGAGACAGAAUAACAACAACAAAAAUCCAGAAAAACGCAUGUCAAAAAUGUUAUAAAUUGAUUUGCAUUUUUUAUGAGGGAAAUAAAUAUUUGACACCCUCUCAAUCAGAAAGAUUUCUGGCUCCCAGGUGUCUUUUAUACAGGUAACGAGCUGAGAUUAGGAGCACACUCUUAAAGGGAGUGCUCCUAAUUUCAGCUUGUUACCUGUAUAAAAGACACCUGUCCACAGAAGCAAUCAAUCAAUCAGAUUCUAAACUCUCCACCAUGGCCAAGACCAAAGAGCUCUCCUAGGAUGUCAGGGACAAGAUUGUAGACCUACACAAGGCUGGAAUGGGCUACAAGACCAUUGCCAAGCAGCUUGGUGAGAAGGUGACAACAGUUGGUGCGAUUAUUCGCAAAUGAAAGAAACACAAAAUAACUGUCAAUCUCCCUCGGCCUGGGGCUCCAUGCAAGAUAUCACCUCGUGGGGUUGCAAUGAUCAUGAGAACAGUGAGGAAUCAGCCCAGAACUACACGGGAGGAUCUUGUCAAUGAUCUCAAGGCAGCUGGGACCAUAGUCACCAAGAAAACAAUUGGUAACACACUACGCCGUGAAGGACUGAAAUCCUGCAGCGCCCGCAAGGUCCCCCUGCUCAAGAAAGCACAUAUACAGGCCCGUCUGAAGUUUGCCAAUGAACAUCUGAAUGAUUCAGAGGAGAACUGGGUGAAAGUUUUGUGGUCAGAUGAGACCAAAAUCGAGCUCUUUGGCAUCAACUCAACUCGCCGUGUUUGGAGGAGGAGGAAUGCUGCCUAUAACCCCAAGAACACCAUCCCCACCGUCAAACAUGGAGGUGGAAACAUUAUGCUUUGGGGGUGUUUUUCUGCUAAGGGGACAGCACAACUUCACCGCAUCAAAGGGACGAUGGACCGGGCCAUGUACCGUCAAAUCUUGGGUGAGAACCUCCUUCCCUCAGCCAGGGCAUUGAAAAUGGGUCGUGGAUGGGUAUUCCAGCAUGACAAUGACCCAAAACACAUGGCCAAGGCAACAAAGGAGUGGCUUAAGAAGAAGCACAUUAAGGUCCUGGAGUGGCCUAGCCAGUCUCCAGACCUUAAUCCCAUAGAAAAUCUGUAGAGGGAGCUGAAGGUUCGAGUUGCCAAACGUCAGGCUCGAAACCUUAAUGACUUGGAGAAGAUCUGCAAAGAGGAGUGGGACAAAAUCCCUCCUGAGAUGUGUGCAAACCUGGUGGCCAACUACAAGAAACGUCUGACCUCUGUGAUUGCCAACAAGGGUUUUGCCACCAAGUACUAAGUCAUGUUUUGCAGAGGGGUCAAAUAGUUAUUUCCCUCAUUAAAAUGCAAAUCAAUUCAUAAUAUUUUUUACAUGCGUUUCUCUGGAUUUUUUUGUUUGUUAUUCUGUCUCUCACUGUUCAAAUAAACCUACCAUUAAAAUUAUAGACUGAUCAUGUCUUUGUCAGUGGGAAAACAUACAAAAUCAGCAGGGGAUCAAAUACUUUUUUCCCUCACUGUAACAUUACAUUCUAUGCUUCCUGUCAUUCACAUAACAUUACAUUCUAUGCUUCCUGUCAUUCACAUAACAUUACAUUCUAUGCUUCCUGUCAUUCACAUAACAUUACAUUCUAUGCUUCCUGUCAUUCACAUAACAUUACAUUCUAUGCUUCCUGUCAUUCACAUAACAUUACAUUCUAUGUUUCCUGUCAUUCACAUAACAUUACAUUCUAUGCUUCCUGUCAUUCACAUAACAUUACAUUCUAUGUUUCCUGUCAUUCACAUAACAUUACAUUCUAUGUUUCCUGUCAUUCGGGGGGAUGUAGCUCAGUUGGUAGAGCAUGGCGCUUGCAACGCCAGGGUUGUGGGUUCGUUUCCCACGGGGGGCCAGUAGGAAAAUGUAUGCACUCACUAACUGUAAGUUGCUCUGGAUAAGAGCGUCUGCUAAAUGACUAAAAUGUACAUUCAUUAACAUUACCCUCUAUGCUUCCUGUCAUUCACAUAACAUUACCCUCUAUGCUUCCUGUCAUUCACAUAACAUUACCCUCUUUGCUUCCUGUCAUUCACAUAACAUUACCCUCUAUGCUUCCUGUCAUUCAGUAACAUUACCCUAUAUGCGUCCUGUCAUUCAGUAACAUUACCCUCUAUGCUUCCUGUCAUUCAGUAACAUUACCCUCUAUGCUUCCUGUCAUUCAGUAAUAUUACCCUCUAUGCUUCCUGUCAUUCAGUAACAUUACCCUCUGCUUCCUGUCAUUCAGUAAUAUUACCCUCUAUGCUUCCUGUCAUUCAGUAAUAUUACCCUCUAUGCUUCCUGUCAUUCAGUAAUAUUACCCUCUAUGCUUCCUGUCAUUCAGUAAUAUUACCCUCUAUGCUUCCUGUCAUUCAGUAAUAUUACCCUCUAUGCUUCCUGUCAUUCAGUAACAUUACCCUCUAUGCUUCCUGUCAUUCACAUAACAUUACCCUCUAUGCUUCCUGUCAUUCAGUAAUAUUACCCUCUAUGCUUCCUGUCAUUCAGUAACAUUACCCUCUAUGCUUCCUGUCAUUCACAUAACAUUACCCUCUAUGCUUCCUGUCAUUCAGUAAUAUUACCCUCUAUGCUUCCUGUCAUUCACAUAACAUUACCCUCUAUGCUUCCUGUCAUUCAGUAACAUUACCCUCUAUGCUUCCUGUCAUUCACAUAACAUUACCCUCUAUGCUUCCUGUCAUUCAGUAAUAUUACCUUUUAUGCUUCCUGUCAUUCAGUAAUAUUACCCUCUAUGCUUCCUGUCAUUCACAUAACAUUACCCUCUAUGCUUCCUGUCAGUCAGUAAAUUGACUUCUGGAUGUGUGCCACCCUAUGGCCAAAUAUGGUGAAGAACUGUGAAGAAUAUAUACAGUUGAAGUCGGAAGUUUACAUACACUUAGGUUGGAGUCAUUAAAACGUUCUUGUUAACAAACUAUAGUUUUGGCAAGUCAGUUAGGACAUCUACUUUGUGCAUGACACAAGUAAUUUUUCCAACAAUUGUUUACAGACAGAUUAUUUCACAUAUAAUUCACUGUAUCACAAUUCCAGUGGGUCAGAAGUUUACAUACACUAAGUUGACUGUGCCUUUAAACAGCUUGGAAAAUUCCAGAAAACGAUGUCAUGGCUUUAGAAGCUUCUGAUAGGCAUCAUUUGAGUCAAUUGGAGGUGUACCUGUGGAUGUAUUUCAAGGCCUACCUUCAAACUCAGUGCCUCUUUACUUGACAUCAUGGGAAAAUCAAAAGAAAUCAGCCAAGUCUGGUUCAUCCUUGGGAGCAAUUUACAAACGCCUGAAGGUACCACGUUCAUCUGUACAAACAAUAGUACGCAAGUAUAAACACCAUGGGACCACACAGCCAUCAUACCACUCAGGAAGGAGACGCGUUCUGUCUCCUAGAGAUGAUCUUACUUUGGUGCGAAAAGUGCAAAUCAAUCCCAGAACAACAGCAAAGGACCUUGUGAAGAUGCUGGAGGAAACAGGUAUAAAAGUAUCUAUAUCCACAGUAAAACGAGUCCUAUAUCGACAUAACCUGAAAGGCCGCUCAGCAAGGAAGAAGCCACUGCUCCAAAACCACCAUAGAAAAGCCAGACUACGGUUUUCAACUGCACAUGGGGACAAAGAUCGUACUUUUUGGAGAAAUGUCCUCUGGUCUGAUGAAACAAAAAUAGAACUGUCUGGCCAUAAUGACCAUCGUUAUGUUUGGAGGAAAAAGGGGGUAGCUUGCAAGCCGAAGAACACCAUCCCAACCGUGAAGCACGGGGUUGGCAGCAUCAUGCUGUGGGGGUGCUUUGCUGCAGGAGGGACUGGUGCACUUCACAAAAUAGAUGGCAUCAUGAGGAAGGAAAAUUAUGUGGAUAUAUUGAAGCAACAUCUCAAGACAUCAGUCAGGAAGUUUAAAGCUUGGUCGCAAAUGGGUCUUCCAAAUGGACAAUGACCCCAAGCAUACUUCCAAAGUUGUGGCAAAAUGGCUUAAGGACAACAAAGUCAAGGUAUUGGUGUGGCCAUCACAAAGCCCUGACCUCAAUCCUAUUUGUGGGCAGAACUGAAAAGCGUGUGCGAGCAAGGAGGCCUACAAACCUGACUCAGUUACACCAGCUCUGUCAGGAGGAAUGGGCCAAAAUUCACCCAACUUAUUGUGGGAAGCUUGUGGAAGGCUACCUGAAACGUUUGACCCAAGUUAAACAAUUUAAAGGCAAUGCUACCAAAUACUAAUUGAGUGUAUGUAAACUUCUGACCCACUGGGAAUGUGAUGAAAGAAAUAAAAGCUGAAAUAAAUCAUUCUCUCUACUAUUAUUCUGACAUUUCACAUUCUUAAAAUAUAGUGGUGAUCCUAACUGACCUAAGACAGGGAAUUUUUACUAGGAUUAAAUGUCAGGAAUUGUGAAAAACUGAGUUUAAAUGUAUUUGGCUAAGGUGUAUGUAAACUUCCGACUUCAACUGUACAGUAAUAUUUCAUAUCUCAUCUUCUUUCUCUCUAUCUCUAUCCCCAUCCCUCUCUUUCUUUCCCCAGGAUAAUGACACUGAUUCGUCAGACUGUGCUGAGAAGGCGGAACCAGGGCUCUACAGCAGCUCCUAUACGUCAGGAGCCACUCUGGGGGCGGAGCUACGCAUGGGGAGGAGCAGGAGGCUGGCCUCCAGUUUGCAGGUAACAGUAGAAAGAAAACGAUAUUGUUUUUACAGCAGAAACUUUGUGUGCUUUGGAUUUCAUCAGCAGUGCUAUACACAAUCAAGUUGUACAACGCACAACAGUUACUUGUGAUUCAACCGAGAGUUUUCUGCACAAAGAUAAUUGCACAAGUGUUUUGGAGACAUGGCACAAUAGUGGUGUGAACAUUUUUGUGCUGACCAACUUUUUCCAAUAUAUUACAAAAAUAUCAGUUGUAGCACAACCACUGUGUCAAAUGCCAGUGUGCCAUAGAGAGAGUUUGGUUAUUGUGGUUCCUGUCAGGCUAAUAUUGCACAAGAGACUUACCUGGUUUAAUAAAAUCAAUUCUAUUGGUUACCUGGUUAAUCAAUCAAUCCUAUCGUCCAUUCAGGUUCCGUGUUGGCUCCGCCCCCGAGACAGGACACGGUCACCUGAGAUCCUGAGUAACAUGCCACGCCCCACGUCCCUGCCCCUCUGCAUUCCACCACGCAUAGCCAUCACACCUGCAGACGCAGACAGGUAACACACACCACCAUCCAGACGCAGACAGGUAACACACACCACCAUCCAGACGCAGACAGGUAACACACACCACCAUCCAGACGCAGACAGGUAACACACACCACCAUCCAGACGCAGACAGGUAACACACACCACCAUCCAGACGCAGACAGGUAACACACACCACCAUCCAGACGCAGACAGGUAACACACACCACCAUCCAGACGCAGACAGGUAACACACACCACCAUCCAGACGCAGACAGGUAACACACACCACCAUCCAGACGCAGACAGGUAACACACACCACCAUCCAGACGCAGACAGGUAACACACACCACCAUCCAGACGCAGACAGGUAACACACACCACCAUCCAGACGCAGACAGGUAACACACACCACCAUCCAGACGCAGACAGGUAACACACACCACCAUCCAGACGCAGACAGGUAACACACACCACCAUCCAGACGCAGACAGGUAACACACACCACCAUCCAGACGCAGACAGGUAACACACACCACCAUCCAGACGCAGACAGGUAACACACACCACCAUCCAGACGCAGACAGGUAACACACACCACCAUCCAGACGCAGACAGGUAACACACACCACCCUCCAGACGCAGACAGGUAAACACACACCACCAUCCAGACGCAGACAGGUAACACACACCACCAUCCAGACGCAGACAGGUAACACACACCACCAUCCACAUUUAGAACUAUACUUCCAUGUAGUGUUGUUGACCUGAGUAGCAUUGUAAACCUAGUCCUCUCUCUCUCUCUCUCUCUCUCUCUCUCUCUCUCUCUCUCUCUCUUCUCUCUCUCUCUCUCUCUAUCUCUCUCUCUCUCUCUCUCUCUCUCUCUCUCUCUCUCUCUCUCUCUCUCUCUCUCUCUCUCUCUCCUCUCUCUCUCUCGCUCUCUCUCUCUCUCUCUCUCUCUCUCUCUCUCUCUCUCUCUCUCUCUCUCUCUCUCUCUCUCUCUCUCUCUCUCUCUCUCUUCCCCUCCCCCACAUUUUGUCCCUUUGUCCCUUAAAGCCGUGGAUUUUGUCCAUCCUCCCCCAAUUCAGAACGUAUCAUUAACAUAGUCAUGGCACCCUUUGUGUAAGAGCUAUUGAAGAAUGAAAUCUGAAAUCGUGUUUUAUUUUACUUUAUUUUAAAAGGUGUGGAUUGUUCUCCAUCCACCCCUGAUUCAGAAUCGACCAUCUUCAUAGUCAUGGCAUGCUUGGUUCAACAGCUAUUGAGGAGAGAGAACCAAAUAUCCACCGACUAUCCAAUAUAAAACUCAUUUUACCUCGGUAGCCGAGUCAACGUCUUGGAAGAUCACAAUGAUUCAUUAGUAUUCUACAUAACAGAACCAAGUAUAAUAGCACAGUAUAACGUUACUGUUACACCAAAAACACCAACUCAUUUCUUAUGAGAUUUUAGGAUGGUUUAGCUGAACGGUCCCCUAAAACAUUAUCAUGGGCUACAACUCAACAACGCGCGCCACUAGGCAGAAUGAGCUUUGAUUGAAACAUAACACAGGAAGGCUUGUAUAGUUUUGUUAACACCAUCUGCUCUAAUGUUCUCACCAAACAGUAAUUGAGGGAGAUCUAAAUGCAUGUUCCCAUAAAACGGAUUGAGAUCAAAUGAUUGACAUGCAGAUGCAGUUUGGACAAUUCACUGGACAAUGACUACAUGGAACUCUAUUCCACAUCAAGUACCUGAUGCAAGCAGGAAAAUGAAAAAUGCACGUUGUGGAACAGCGGGGACUGUGAAGCAACACAUACACAGGCACAGACACACACACACACACACAAUAACAUACGCACUAUACACACAGAUUUUUGUACUGUAGAUAUGUGGUAGUGGUGGAGUAGGGGCCUGAGGGCACACAGUGUGUUGUGAAAUCAGUGAAUGUAUUGUAAUGUUUUUAAAAUUGUAUGAACUGCCUUAAUUUUGCUGGACCCCAGGAAGAGUAGCUGCUGCCUUGGCAGGACCUAAUGGGGAUCCAUAAUAAAUCCCUACUCUUCCUGGGGUCCAGCAAAAUUAAGGCAGUUAUACAAUUUUAAAGCUAAUGGGGAUCCAUAAUAAAUACAAAUACUGCUAAAACGUGAAGAACUCGGCCAACAUGUUGUAUUCAUCUAGGCUACACCGUCCCGCAAAAUCACCCAGUUGGUCACUCUACUCCCCCCCUUCUCUAGUUUCCAGGGGAAGAAUGGUUUAUAUAUAAUAGUAGUAAUAAUGUCUGUCCGUCUCUUCCCCAACCCCUCAGUGAGCUGGAGAACGGGGUGUCUCCGGGCCAUACCCCUCUUGGCUCCCAGAGCUGCCAGAGUCCCAGCCUGACCCUGCACCCUUCCUUCCCCCAGGGGGGUCGACGAGAGUCCUUCCUCUACCGGUCAGACUCGGACUACGACAUGUCGCCCAAAAACUCCGUCUCACGCAACUCUAUCGCCAGCGAAGGGUGAGAGGGGGGAGGGAGAGUGUGGGGAGGAAGAGUGUUAGUGUGUGUAUGAGUCAAACCAUUGGCUAAUUGUCAUUAGCAUAACUACAUAUCCUAAUAUACUCCUCGUUAUGAAUCUCUGCUAUCUAUUAUCGCUGUGCUCUAUUCUGUCUGUCUCUACAGAUCGAGAGAGAGAGCGAGAGAGAGAGAGAGCUAGAGAGAUUAUAUCGCGAGAGGAGAGAGAGAGAGCGAGAGCGCUCUAGAGAGCGAGAUCUCUCUGCUCUUGCUCUCUCUCUCUCUCUUCUCUCUCUCUCUCUCUCUCUUCUUUCUCUCUCUCUCUCUCUCUCUCUCCUCUCUCUCUCUCUCUCCCGCCUCUCUCUCUCUCUCUCUCUCUCAGGCAUGCAGGAGAAGACUUCAUUGUUAACCCCUUUGCUCAGGUGUUGGCCAGCCUGCGCUCGGUACGGAGCAACUUCACCCUCCUCGCCAACAUCUCCACGCCAACCGUCAAGUCAGUGCUCACCGCCUAUCACCUGUCAAUUCAAACAUCUAACAGUUGGUCUGCAUCCCAAACGGUGUCCUAUUCUCUGUAUAGUGCACUACUUUGGACCAGGGCCCCAUAGGGCUGCCAUAUAGUGCACUACUUUGGACCAGGGCCCCAUAGGGCUGCCAUAUAGUGCACUACUUUGGACCAGGGCCCCGUAGGGAUGCCAUAUAGUGCACUACUUUGGACCAGGGCCCCGUAGGGCUGCCAUAUAGUGCACUACUUUGGACCAGGGCCCCGUAGGGAUGCCAUAUAGUGCACUACUUUGGACCAGGGCCCCGUAGGGCUGCCAUAUAGUGCACUACUUUGGACCAGGGCCCCGUAGGGCUGCCAUAUAGUGCACUACUUUGGACCAGGGCCCCGUAGGGCUGCCAUAUAGUGCACUACUUUGGACCAGGGCCCCAUAGGGAUGCCAUAUAGUGCACUACUUUGGACCAGGGCCCUGUAGGGAUGCCAUUUGAUUAUUUGGAGUUCCCUACCUCACUUACCCAGUUAGCUAGCAAAUUAAAAUGUGUGUUUUUCAUGUAACUGGUUUGUAACUGAUAACUGAUGUGAUAUGUGACUUGUAAAAAAUGUUGUUGUUGUAACUCGCUGUCUGUCUACCUCAACUAGCCAAAUAACGCUAAUGAUAGUAAUAGGUUACAUUUACUACCACUUUUCAAUGGGCCUCAAACAACACCGAUAUUUAAUACUCAGUCUGAACUUCACUCCCAGGCAAAAUCUAACUAUAGUAACCCCCGUUGAUUUUUAACUGGUUGGUGUAAUUCCCUGUCUGUCCACAGGAGGUCUCCACUGGGUGGUGUGGUGCCCCACAACCCCAGAGCAGCUCUAUCAGAUCAACAGUAUGAGCAGCUGGCUACAGACACUCUGGAGGAGCUGGACUGGUGUCUGGAUCAGCUAGAGACCAUCCAGACACACCGCUCUGUCAGCGACAUGGCCUCCAACAAGGUACUACCAUGGUAGAACCACAACACAACCAUGGUAGAACCACAACACAACCAUGAUAGAACCACAACACAACCAUGGUAGAACCACAACACAACCAUGGUAGAACCACAACACAACCAUGAUAGAACCACUACACAACCAUGAUAUAACCACUACACAACCAUGAUAUAACCACUACACAACCAUGAUAUAACCACUACACAACCAUGAUAUAACCACUACACAACCAUGAUAUAACCACUACACAACCAUGAUAUAACCACUACACAACCAUGAUAUAACCACUACACAACCAUGAUAUAACCACAACACGACCAUGAUAUAACCACUACACGACCAUGAUAUAACCACAACACGACCAUGAUAUAACCACAACACGACCAUUAUAUAACCACUACACAACCAUGAUAGAACCACUACACAACCAUGAUAUAACCACUACACAGCCGUGAUAUAA